CUAACUUCAUUAGAAUUAUUAUCAAGGUUUCUUAAUCCCUCGACAAAUAAAAAGAUCCAGGCUAGCCCAGAUUGGACAUUAUUGGAAUAAUUACUACCACGCUGACCGAUAAAGAGGGCGCGUCCUUCUGUACAAAGAACAGACAGCGGCGUUUGUCAACAAAAACAUACCCGCGCACAAAAUCACUCAUCUGUGGACGUUUAAACAGGGAAAAUAUUUAGUGAAUGGAGAAAAAAUACGUUCUUUAAACAUUGUAGGCGACUUUGUUCAAUUCAGGCACGUGUGUAAGCCAAGCUGAGGUAUUUGUGACCGCUUUAUUUGAAUUUUGAAAGGCAUCGUUGAUCGUGUGAAUUUUUUGCAAAAAAUCAUUUCUUUUUUUUAAAAAGUUAUUUUGAAUUUUGUAAAGGAAAUUUAAGCAAUGGCGGACUCUGAAACCAAAUCGUCCGAAGUGAAAUUGACCAUCACAAAUGAAAAUGUUAAAACCCGAGAUGUUACGGAGGGAGAAGAAAUUGACCUUCAUGAAAGGGAUCCCAACAACUUACAUGAAGAUCUCAAGAUCCAGUUUCACGAAAUUAUAGGCGAGCCUCAUGAAGAUGUGUUCUCUUUUGACUGUGUAUGGGUCAACAGUUAUAAGAUUUUCACAAACACCAAGAUUUGGUGCUACAGAAUCACUAGCGUCAUCUGUGCCCUCCCGGUGUCGUUUUGUUGGGGGAUCUACUUCGCCUGUUUCGCCUUCCAUAACAUAUGGAUCCUUAUGCCCUGCCUGAAAGCCUAUGGAAUGAACCUCCGUAUUCUUAGAUCCUGCUUCAACAGUAUUAUAGAGACCUUCGUCAAGCCCUGCUAUCUGGCGGCCGGUUAUAUUUUCUAUAAUAUUCGGAUAACGAAGGGGAGUGGUGACUGAGGGGUAGACGUUUGUAAAAUAGGUCAAAAUAUGUGCACAAUAUAUUGUACUGUUCAAUACUCGUUUGUUUUAAUUCUUUUGUAUAUACGAAACAGGGCACUAACACCAUCAUCUACGCAUUUUGUACACUUUUAGUGAAUUUCUUUGUAUGUUUACUGUUUUACUUAAACACAUGUAUCAUAAAGUUUAUGAUAUUACAUGUGUGAUACUGAAUUAUGCAUGGAAUAUACGUGAAA